AUGUCAGGCAUCAAAGGCCCCGGCGCCCCCAAGACGUACGAUGGCUCUGGGCUUCGCAUCGGCAUCGUCCACGCACGCUGGAACACCAAGAUUAUCGAUGCGCUGCUUGAGGGAACAAAGAGGAAGCUCAAGGAGGCCGGAGUCAAGGAUGAGAACAUAGUCACACAGAGCGUGCCUGGGAGCUACGAGCUACCCUACGCUGUUAAGCAAUUAUACUCGGCCUCGCAAAUCCAGUCCUCUUCCACAGGCGUCGUAGGCGCAGCAGCAGACCUCCUGGGCUCGGCCUCUGACCUCACAGCCCUCACCGGACAAGCCUCACAAUCCAAGACGUCCAACUCGCCCUUUGAUGCGAUAAUCGCCAUUGGUGUGCUGAUCAAAGGAGAGACGAUGCACUUUGAGUACAUUUCAGAGGCUGUGAGCCAUGGACUCAUGCGCUUGCAACUCGACAACAACGUACCUGUAAUCUUCGGGCUGCUGACGUUGUUGAGCGAUGAGCAAGGACUUAUGCGCGCAGGCAUUGGUGGUCAGGAUGGCAAGAGCGGACACAACCAUGGCGAGGAUUGGGGGAGUGCGGCGGUGGAGUUGGGAGUCAAGAGACGGGGGUGGGUUGAUGGCAAGUUCGUGGACUAG